AUGCUUAAAUCAUAUGAUACUAGCAAGCCCAAAAGAAAGUCAUUUUUCUUUUUUGGUAGUAAUAAUGAAAAUAUAAUAAAGUUAGAUAAUCCCAAUGAUAAAAAGAAUACAAAACAAAUGAAAGUAGCAUCGAAAAAUAAAAUUAAUCCAUUGUCCAAAGAACCACUACGAAAUCAACCUGUCAGUUCAUCUCCAUUUGAUCAAAUAGAUAAUACGAAUAAUAAAAGAGAAGUAGAAAAAAUUGCGGUAUCUUCUAUAGCAAAUAGCGAGAGUAAUGAAAAGCAUAAUCCUUUUAGAACUAAUGCUUCUUCUAAUGUCAUCAUACCAGCAAAUACAGAUAUUUCAAAAGAACUUCUGCGUCCAUCAGGUACUGUAUUAGGCAGAAGACCACUUCCACCAAAACUAGAUAUGAGAAAUAUAUCUAAAUCUGCAACUUUGAGGUCAAAUAUAAAUAAUAAAAGUGAAACUAAAAAGAAAUUUGAACCUGAUAAUGAUAAUGAUAUUGGAGUGAUUACCAACGUUGAGUCUUUAAACGAAUGUCUGGGUGAUGAGAAUAAGCAUAGAAGACAAAGGUCAGAAGCAGAAAAAUUAGUGGAUGAUAUUGAUGAUUUUUUAGCGAAGCAUAAAGGGCGAAGUGCAAGCCCUUCUCCUGGCAUUGAUAUUGAUAUAUAUAGCGAUCAUGCUGUUUCUCCCAUUGGUGCUCUAUCACUAGAUGCAGAUGGUAUUAUGAAGUUCAAAGAUAGCAACUCAAAUCCUUUUCAAGAAUAUAAUGACAAAGAUUUUGUUGAAGAAAGGGAAAAUUCUAAACAUCAUGAUACCUUAAGCAAGCGUUCGACGUUGAUCUCAACAGCAACUACAACAGAAAGUGAUAAUUUUUCAUUUGCUAAGACAAUAGCUGCUUCAUCUGAGACUACACAACCGAUCCAAAUAAAUGACACCACCGCUGCAAAUACAGACAUGCCCAAUUUGGUAUAUAAACAUGAUACAUUCAAUAUGGUCUCCUCUAAUGACAAUCAAGGGUAUAAUUCUUUUAUAGCUAGUGAUAUCGAUAUUUCUUCCGAUGAAUCAGAUUUCGCCAACAGAUCUGUGACAUACAGUGCCAAUCAUAAUAAUUUUAAUAAUAGUAACAAAUCUACGGAAGAAAUUAAAAACUAUCAGAAGCUGCCAAAUAAUUAUUCUACAGAUGGGUUUUCAGUGAGCUCUGAGAAGAAAGUUUUCAGAGUCGUUAAUGAUGAAAAGGUAAAUUUCAAUUUUCAUUCUGACUCUGAGUCUGAGUCUGAGUCUGAGUCUGAUUCCAAUUUUACAUAUGGCAAUGAUCCUACACCUUCUAACUUUUCUCAAACUCAAGUUCAAAGUAAAGAUGAAAAUAAGAAUGAAUCUUUGUACCUUUCUGAUCAACAAGUUUCGGUUAUAGAUAAAAGUAGCCAUUAUACUGGAAAUAGUGAAUAUGUUUAUCCGGAAGAAGUAAUAAACAAUAUUUCAAAAAUAUCGAAAGUGGAUAAGGAUUUAAAUGAAAUUUCAUAUAAUGCAGAGAAUUUGUCAAGCAAUGCAGAAUUGUUAAGUGGGGGGGUCAUUAAACCGGACAGUAUUAAUAAGUCUUUAGAUAUUGAAUCAGCUACUUCCUCUUUAAACCACGACCAGAUUGGCGAAGUUGCCUCUUCAAGUGCGUUAGAGGAUAAAUCUUUAGGAAGUCCUUCAUACAUGAGCAACAAAUAUAUAUCAUCAGUUAAAAGAGAAGGAAACGUGAGUUUAGUGUCAGGAUAUGUUGAAGAAGUUAGACUAAAAUAUAUUAAGACUGCCAAUUUUCUUCAAGCACCCCCUAAUUUGCCAAUUAGUUUGAAACAAAAGAAUAAUGUUAUAAGACCACAAAAUAUGAAAGUUAGGAUAAGGACUAGUUCCAAACAAGUCGGUAUUAAGCAUGGGAAGAUUAAGAGUAAGCUACUGUCUUUAGAAACAAUAUCUGAUGAGGCUAAAGCGAAUAAAAUUGAAACUAACUUGGUAGAUCACACUAAAGAAUUUCAUAACUUAAUGAAUAAAAAAGAUCAGAUACCAGAACAAUCUGAUGAAGAUUCAGAUAAUGAUGUUGAAAGUUACUUGAAGGAUAUUCCAGGGGAUAAUGCUUACAAUAGCGAUGACAUAUUUGAACCAUUGCGAGAAAAAAAGGACAAUAAUAAUGACUUGGCAAGAUCUAAUACGACAACAAGCUAUUACACCAAAGCACAGCAAAGAAGAAAGAGAACAGGUACUUUGGAUAAUAAUUAUUCAAAUUUGCAUGAUUUACCAACAGAUAUUAAUAUUAAUGACUACUUAGAAAAUGAGAUAGAAAAGGUUGAAGAUAUUAAAGAUGAUGAUAUGCCUUUAGAGCCAUAUAUUUCUGUCGGUGGAUUACAUAUAACUAAUCCAGAUACGGAUUCCGAUUAG